UCCCACCGAUGGUUGGUGUGUCCUGAGGAAGCCCGGAGAUGGCUGUUGUGUCCUGAGGAAGCCCGUGCGGCUGAGCCAGGAGACAGUCUGGGAACAGCAGGAAGGAUGAUGCAGAGAGUGAAUGAGACCAAGUUUAGGAAGUUCGUACCUAACUCCAGUGAAGACCUAAAGUUUACUAAACAUUACGUUGCCCUCGAUUUCAGACUCAGUGGUGUACUCUUGGUAGAGGUUGUUCACACACGCAUGUCCAGCCCCAGGCCAUGUCAUUUUUUACCUCACCUGGUCAUGGCUUUACACUAUCCCUGCUUGCCCAAACGAGUCACAUGUGAUGGUCCUGGACUCCUCCUCCGAAAAGGUGAGCCUCCAAUAAACUAUUUUUAAGUCGCCCUGGUCACAGUGUAUUGGUGAAAUUUUGUCACGGCAAUAAAAACACUGCGGUUUUCUUAUUAGCGUCUCCAGCAUAUCUUGGAAGGCUUCUGCCUUUCCUGAGGGCGAUGGUUGUCAAGCAAGUUGUUAAGUAUUUGCUACCUAAUAUUUUGGUCAUGAUUUGAAACACCUGGAGAUUCUGGCCGAGUUCAAAAAUGGGGGAGAAUUGCUUAUGAGAGUGCCUUGGCUACUUCCCAAGCCUUUUCAGCAUAGACAGGAAAGGCUUCAGUUCACUCAGCGAGGGUAUCCGUGAAGCCCAGUAGGCAAUUGAAGACUUGGCAGGUGGGGAGCUCAGUGAACUACAUCUCUAAAGCUGUCAUGGGGUAGUGACCAUGUCUGUGCAUGGUCACAAAAAGAGAUUUUCUGAAGCACACGCAGCCCCUGGUAACUCAGGAAUGGAAUAAAAGAGUCCCUUUCCUAAGAAUAGGAGAUUGUGUGUUUCUCCUGACCUUGCCCGACCAAAGAAUCAUGGAGCCACUUUACAAACUUCCACUGAAGACUUGGAGAACAUAGUUGAGCAUUUCCAUAUGUAGCCUUCCUUCGGGAUUACAGAGGAACCCUUCACAGCUGCCCUCUCCACUGCGGUAGGGGCAGACUGGGGCUUACAAGGCAUCCUCGAUAGAGGGGAAAGGGGCCAGCAAAAGUUAGGUACCAGGGCUGCGACCUUGGCAGUCUAGUGAUCUAAUCCAUUCCCUCCAGUGACAAGUGAGUCGUCCCUUUGGUGUGCCCUGUAGCAGACAUGGCAACACUGGGGAGUUUCCUAAAUGGCAUACAUGAGAGACAAAACCUGUGGUCAAUAUUUGAUGGAAGCUCUCUUGGAGUUCGGUAAAGCUCUUUCCUUCAGGAUAGCAGCAUGGACAUGUAACACCAGGGAGGUGUGUGGUUACUUAGUAGAAGAAUUUGCUUCUUUGCUAAUUCUAUGUGCAUCCUUAAGAAAGACUGAUAUUGGAGGUGUCUAUGUAAUAGCCGAAGAGAUCAAGUUCUUAGGAGAGUAGAUAGUGAUCCAAUGGCCAUUUGAGGACAGUUAUUGACCCGGUUUUUGUUUUUUGUUUGUAUGUUUGUUUUGGUUUUUUGGUUUUGUUUGUUUGUAAUGUGCUGUUGAAGAGCCUGUCCCUCAUGGGAAGCCCAGUGCCAGGACUUCCUUAGGGAUUGUUCCGUGGUCCCAGAAAGACUGAUAUUGGAGGUAUCUAUGUAAUAGCCGAAGAGACCAAGUUCUUAGGAGAGUACAGAGAGUGAUCCGAUGGCCAGUUGAGGACAGUUAUUGACCCUGGUUUUUUUUUUUGUUGUUGUUGUUGUUUGUUGUUUGUUUUGUUUUGUUUUUGUUUGUAAUGUGCUGCUGAAGAGCCUAUCCUCUUUGGGAAGCCCGGUGCCAGGACUUUCUUAGGGAUUGUUCCUUGGUAUGGAUUUGGGGUCCCCAUUUAGUUUCUCAGAGACUGGCCUGGCUAUUUUUUUAAAUGCUUCAAUCCAUAUUCUGCAGUACCCUGUUAGUUCCAGAAAAGCCCUAACACGUUUCUUAUUUCAGAUAUCCUGGGGCUAAGAUUCAGUAACUGACUUUUUUGUCUCACAAGUUGAGUCUUUCCCUGGAAACUCUGCGUCCUUUUUGUGCUACAAAGUUUAAAGUCCGUGCAGCUGGUAUUGUCUGAAGCAGUAGAAAGGAGGUCAUCCUCAAACAGGAUUGUGGUUACAGAGUUGAGUGUAAAUUCCCCAAGGUGCCGACCAAAAUAGUGAAAACUGCCUAAGAAUUCUUGAAGAACCACAGCAACAGGUGUGUCGAGCAUCUGGGGCAGUCCACUGAAAGAUGACUAAGAACUGGGAACCCUGGCUUUCAGAAAAGACAGGCAAGCUGGCAAACCAGAGACAGGACUUGCGCUGUCUUAGGACCCUCCUCCUCGCUGCACUACUCAGGUCCGCCUUCACCGGACAGCGGGUCUCCCGGUUUAGGAGCGCACGCACACACAGCCUGCUUCAGCACCACGGAUCUGGAGUGCAAACUUGUGCAGUUUUUUUUUACGCGUCAUCUUAAGGCGCGCCGGCUGUCGAGAAUUCUGGGAAAUGGAGUCCAUGCGAAGGCAGCACAUUGAUUGGAGCCCAGAGGCGGAAGACCAUCGCGCAGGCGCACUGCCUUCCCGACCCGAGGCGGUACGUCGUUCGCAGGACCGCAUAGGAGGGAAUGGCCGCUGUGUCCCCACCGACCAGAUGCCAGGUGAGACGUCGGUGACAUUUGAAGAUGUAGCCGUGACUUUCACAGAUGAAGAGUGGAGGCAUCUGGUCCCUGUGCAGCGGGCACUCUACAAGGCAGUGAUGCUGGAGAACUAUGAGAGCAUCAUCUCACUGGGGCUUCCCGUGCCUCAACCUGAUGUGAUUCUUCAGUUGAAGAGAAGGGACGAGCCAUGGACACAGGGUCAUCAUGGAUCUGAGGAGAAAGAAUGGCAAGAGAAUGUCUCCCUAGACUGGGAGACUAAGCCCAAGAUCCCAGCUGCUUCAGAAGGAACGCUGAGAGAAAGCUGUAGAAGGCCAAGUCCUCUCUGCCCUGAACUUGAAGUCCAAGCACUAGCAGGUGGGUUGGAACCAGAAAGUCCUAAAGCAGAGACUGGCAAGAAACCCCUUUCCUCGGACAAAAGCUUGCAGCGGAGGUCAGCCCCAGCCAAGAAAAUCCUCACUAAACACCAAGACCAGGAGUGUAGUGACUGUGGGAAGAGCUUCUUUGACCAUUCCUCACUCAUCCGCCACCAGAGAACUCACACCGGCGAGAAGCCCUAUGCCUGCCCUGAGUGCGGGAAGGCCUUCAGUCACAGGAGCAGUCUCAGCAGACAUCUGAUGGCCCACACGGGAGAGAGCCCGUACGAGUGCAGUGCAUGUGGCAAAGCCUUCUUCGACCGAUCCUCCCUCACCGUGCAUCAGCGGAUCCACACAGGAGAGAAGCCUUUCAAGUGCAACGAGUGUGGCAAGGCCUUCUUCGACCGAUCGUCCCUUACUCGCCACCAGAGAAUUCACACUGGGGAGAGCCCCUAUGAAUGUCAGCAGUGUGGGAAAGCCUUUAGCCAGAAAAGCAUUCUCAGCCGUCACCAGCUGAUCCACACUGGCCGGAAGCCAUAUGAAUGCAGUGAGUGCGGGAAAGCGUUCUACGGUGUCUCCUCCCUAAACAGACACCAGAAAGCGCAUGCUGGGGAGCCACACCACCAGUGCAGCGAGUGUGGCAAAGCUUUCUUUGAUCGCUCUUCUCUCACGCAGCACCAGAAGAUACACACUGGAGACAAGCCAUAUGAGUGCAGCGAGUGUGGGAAAGCCUUCAGCCAGAGGUGCCGGCUCACACAGCACCAGAGAGUCCAUACAGGGGAGAAACCCUUUGAGUGUAGUGUGUGUGGAAAAGAGUUCAGCUUCAAGUCCUCAGUUAUUCAGCAUCAGAGGCGUUAUGCCAAGCAAGGGACGGACUGACCAGGGGAGAAGCGUGAGCUACGCAAAGGGCCUGCCUGUAAACUUGGCAGGUCUCCCUGUCACCUACAAACCCAGCCUUUGCUCCUUCCGCCUACUCCGGCUGCCCUUGUGGGUCCCACCUCUGCUCCACGGUGUCUGAGUAAACAGCACACCUACUGUGCUACAGAACUGAUGUGGAGUGCGGAAAACUAGACCAUGAAUCUCCAGAUUCAGAGCUUUGGACGGGGGCUGGGUGUAGCUCAGUGACAGAACAGCACCUAGUAAGUGUGAGGCCUGCUGUUCAUCCCCAGCACUGCGAAAGGAAGUUGGGGCGACGGUCAGGCAGCAGGAUGGAUGUUAGGAGGGGAGGCUGCAGGCAUAGCCUCAGGAGAACGUAGGUCCCUUGUCACUGCCCUUGAAAUAGCUGCAGGCUAUUACAGGGGCGAGUGUCACAAGUAUGCGAGAAGACCAUUUUCUCCAGAAGUUUCUAUAGCUUUUAGUCCUUCGGAAGCUUUUUGGAACACAGACCUUUUUCUCUUGUGCCCUAGCAUUUAGCCCUCUUGGUACUGGUAGUAGUGGUAGCACUUACUAAGCACUUAUCCUGGGGCAAACACUCAGCAGAGGAUUUUGGAAGAGCUAGAGUGACUGAUCCUCUAACUAAGUCUGUGAAACAGGUCCUUUUGCUGUCUGACUUUCACAGGUGAGCACAAUAAAGUUUAGAGAGAUUAGGUGACAUACUCUGGGUGACACAAGGUGAAGCCAGGUGUCUCUUUAGUUACUUUUUUAUUGCUGUGUAGAGACAUGAUAACCAGGGCAACUUACAAAAGAAAGCUUUUAACUAGGGGCUUGCUUACAGUUUCAGAGGGUGACUCUGUGACCAUCGUGGCAAGGAGCAUGGCAACAGCAUGGUGCUGGAGCAGUAGCUGAGAGUUCAUAUCUGAUUCACAAGCAGUAGGCCAAGAUAUAGGGACAGACAGACAGACAGACAGACACACUGAUACACUGACCUUGGCAUGGGCUUUUGAGACUUCAAAGCCCACCCCCAGUGACACAUCUCCUCUAACAAAGCCACACUCCCUAAUCCUUUCUAAACACCCCACCAGCUGGGACCCAAACAUUCAAAGAGCCUGUGGGGGCCAGUCUCAUUCAAACCACCACUUUCCACUCAAGGACAAGAUCAGCUGGCCCUCAUGCUGUGAAACAGAUCCUUUUGCUACCUGAAUUUCACAGAUGAGCAUGCUGAAGUUUAGACAGAUUAGGAACAUACCCUAGACAACAAAAGGUGAAACCAGCUCUUUAGUAUGGGUCUGCCUUCAGUGUUUCUAUUAAGCAUGCUCUUAACUUUUGUCUUAUAAUUUAUGUACCUGAAUUGUCUUCUCAACUGGAUUGUAAGCACUUGGAGGUGUGAUUUAAUAGAUCUCUGAAUCUUACACAGUGCCUUGCAAACAUUAGGUUGCUCAAUAAAUGUUUAUCUAAUGAAUACCAAACGUAUUCAAACCCUGCUUGGGUCCACCUCCUGAGUUUUCACAAUCCAGCCUAUAGCAUCCUAGUAGUCACUUCCAAGUUCUAUUUCUUCCUUCUUCACUGCUCAAGAGAUCUAUACUAAGCUAUGGUACAGUAACAAAGAAGCCUAGAUAAACAAAGACCUGUGUCUCUCAUCUGGUGUGUAUCAUUCUGUCCAUUCAGUGAUACCAAUCUAUACCACAUGGGACCCACACAUUACGAAUAAGGAAGAAAGCUGAAGGAUAUUCUUAUCAUCUAGGUGCCAAUACAGUCACUUCUAGAGUCAGAAUCCACACCUGAAGGCUAGGGACACAAGCAGGCACCUUGAUAUUUGGAAGACACUCGAAGCCACUGUGUUUUGCAUAUCACUUAGCUUAGUCUGUGUGAAAGCCACAUGGCCCCUUUCUGCCCAUUAUUCCAGAUCUAAAAUAGCUCUUUAUAUAAUAAAACAUCUCUGGAUAUUUAAAAUCUUCUUUAAUACACUCCCCCAUCCCCCACCUUCAGGUCCUGGGUGUUGCAGGAUAUUUGAUCGCACUGUGAAACUUUGAGACUGCGUUAAUAAAGUUAACUGGGAGCAGGGGGCAGAGCCAGUGAGUAGUUGACAAGAAUUAGCCAUAGAGCAUUUGGAGGACCUGGGAAGAUGGAUAGAGACACACACAGGAAGUAGGGUGGACUUAGAGAUUCGCGGUUCUUUUUGUUUUUGGAUGGUAUGGAAAGAAGUUAUCCUGCUGAGUCUCCAGGCAAACAGAAAGUUCAGCUGGUUGCUUCUCUGAUCUGGCAGGUUUUUCACCCCAAUAUCUGACUCCCAGGUCUUUAUUGACCUAGUAAAUAGAACAACUUAGAUAAAAGCAACACCUGAGUACCCAAAUGCAUCUAUUUCCUAGGUGAAACUCUGUAUUUUUAUUGUAUUAAAAGUCAGAUACAAGUCAACCUUGACUUUGGGAAUCAGUAUUCCCUUUUUGCAAGGUAAGGCCUGGAAAAAGUCAUGUGUAUUCCAGUUGAUCAAAGUGGAACUGAGAGGAAGCAGAAUUGCCAAAUAGUCCUCUCCCAUGCUACUAAACAUAAAUUUAUUUUGGUCUCUCUUAAAGCAGAAAAGUGUCAGGGAAUAUAUUGUAUGUGUGUAUUAUGUAAUUUAUAAGCAGCUUAAAAAUACCACAGGAACUGUGUGUAGAGAAUACGUAAUGUUUCAUAAUGUCAAGUAAAAACUAAAGGGAACUAUUGGCACACUUGU